AUGGCGACGUCAGCUUUGCCGCUAAACCUCACAGCUUUUUCACCAUCAUCUUCUUCUUCCCCUCCAUCAAAGCCGACAAAUUUCUCUCCGACCAGCAACGUUGGCGCCAAAUCUCCGUGCGGACAGCCGCCAAACAGGCUCUCUCCUCUAUCUAACAGGUUCUUUCACCGGAUUAGAAUUGCCGGCGGUUCUCAGACUGUCGGUUGUGGUUUGAACACCUCAACGCCAGUUAUCACUCCCGACGACCAUUGGGGCAUUUGGGCCGCCCUUUUUGCCACCGGCGCUUUCGGUCUCUGGUCAGAGAAGACAAAAAUCGGGCGUAUGGUUAGUGCUGCACUAGUGAGUCUAUUAAUCGGGCUUGCGGCCAGUAAUCUUGGGAUUAUUCCGCACGAUGCUCCAGCUUAUUCGGUGGUGUUCCGGUAUUUACUGCCAUUAACAAUACCAUUGCUACUAUUUGGAGCCGAUUUGAAGCAAGUGAUACGUUCAACUGGAACUCUGUUCUUAGCUUUCUUGCUAGGAUCAGUAGCAACUGUUGUGGGGACCACGGUAGCUUUCUUGUUGGUGCCGAUGAGGUCUCUCGGUCAAGACAGCUGGAAAAUAGCUUCUGCUCUCAUGGGUAGUUAUAUUGGUGGAGCAAUAAACUACGUGGCGAUUUCCGAGGCGCUCGGCAUUACUCCAUUGGUUAUUGCUGCUGGCAUUGCUGCCGAUAACGUAAUAUGUGCACUGUAUUUCCUUUUGCUGUUUGCAUUGGCCUCCAAAAUACCUCCAGAGACUGCAAAAGCGAUUAAUAAUGAUUCUUCAUCGUGUCCCGAGCUGAAUGAGAACAAAUCCUCUGUUCUCCAGAUGGCUACAGCACUUUCUGUUUCGUUUGCCAUCUGCAAAGCCGGCACUUUUUGUUCUAAAAUGCUCGGAAUUCGAGGCGGGGAACUUCCCGCGGUUACAGCAAUUGUUGUCGUUUUAGCAACUUCACUUCCAACUUGCUUUCGCCACCUGGCACCGGCCGGCGAUGCUUUUGCUCUAAUACUAAUGCAGGUGUUUUUUGCGGUUCUUGGCGCGAAUGGUAGUCUAUGGAACGUGAUCAACACGGCCCCGAGCAUAUUCCUUUUUGCGCUCGUUCAAGUUUCCGUACACCUCGUUGUCGUAUUGGGGCUCGGGAAAUUAGUGAGGAUCGACCGGAAGGUUUUACUGUUGGCGUCGAAUGCCAACAUAGGCGGGCCCACGACAGCUGGUGGGAUGGCCACUGCUAAAGGGUGGGCCAGCCUGGUUGUGCCUAGCAUUCUUGUUGGGAUUUUUGGCAUAGCCAUUGCAACAUUUUUGGGGAUUGGAUUUGGGAUGUGGGAAGCCAAGUUUCGUAGCGUGUCUUUAAGGCUCAGUUACAUUGGGAACACAUGUUGGGCUUUCUUGUUUUUCCCGAUCACACGAGGAUCAUCCAUCUUGCCGUUGGUGGGCCUGAAGCCUGAAUCGAGCAUUAAGUACCACAUUUGGCUAGGUCACGUCUCGUUGGUCCUUUUCGCCCUCCAUAGCGUCGGGUUCGUCGUCUAUUAG